AUGAACAUACUGGGAAAUAGCCCCGAAUUAUCGAGGCAGGCCAGCCCGGCAUCCCGAGAUCACAACCCCCGAAAGCGCGGAAGGACGGCCUGCACUCGCUGCAAAGCAAGGAAGCAGAAGUGCGACAAUGAAUAUCCAACAUGCUCCAACUGUCAGAAGGCGGGGGUGGCGUGUGACAAGUCCAGUGUACGAGAAGACGCCGACCGUCAAAAUGAUUAUACCCGGGCGCUGGAAGAGCGUGUGUCGUUUUUGGAAAGGAAACUCGGCCAAACCGAUACAGGUCUAACAGACCCGGGGGCAUCUGGAGCCAAUUCCACAGCCUCGCUAUGGCCCUCUCAAGUCGAUCACACUACACCCCAGAUCACCACUCCUGGACUUGCAGGUGGGCUUGAUAAUAACCCGGUCGGAGAGAUUGUUGGUCUCCUCGCAUUAAGCUCUUCCGAGGCACCCGCCUAUGUAGGGGCAAGCUCAGGUCUCUCAUUAGCUGCUAAUUUGGGCGAAAUGGUUCAAACUAGCGUUUGGAAUCAAUUCAUUUCCAGAAUGAACCAGAAACCAGCCGGGACAUCGAUGAAAAACUCCCAGAAUCCAGCCGCUUCCCUGUCAGAUCAGUCGCAGCUUCAACAGCAGCCCAGUGGUGGCUGUACCAGUGCCCGAGAUCGGUGUACUACUAACGUUGAGCCCCCCAACGAUGAAAUAGGAAACAAAAUCCUUGAAACAUACUUUAUUAGGCUUCACUCCAGAUACCCAUUCUUGGACCGAAAGAGAACCUGGAGACUCCAUGAAGACCGAUGGCGCCUAGCAAAGACAAAACGCGAAGAUUUGACACAAUCUGAUCGAUUUACGAUAUUCAAACUGAAUUUGAUAUAUGCUAUUGGUUCGACUAUGCUUCAAUUCAGUGACAAUAAAAAAUAUGCUCACACGCCACCGGAGCGAUAUUAUACUACUGCUCUUCAAUAUGUGCCAACGAUGUGUGAUUCUAGGUCUCUUGAGAACAUUGAAGCUAUGGUUCUUCUUGUUGUUUAUCAUCUACGUACCGCAUCUAGUCAUGGAAUGUGGUAUAUGAUCGGGCUUGCAAUGCGCACAGCUAUCGACCUUGGCCUCCACCGAAAGGCAAAUGAGAUUAAUAUGGACCCAUUUUCCGCCCAAAUGCGACGAAGGCUCUUUUGGACGGUAUAUUAUCUGGAACGAGUUGUCUCAAUGUCUCUGGGCCGACCGUUCAGUAUAUCUGAUCGCCAUAUUGAUCUCGAUCUACCACGAGAUGUCGAUGAUGAUAUAGAGGACCCGACAUUGCUAGCAUCUCCGCAGAAUCUCACCCAUACAACCAAUCUUACCUUCGCAAUCUAUCUUUUCAAACUUCGCCGCAUCGACUCUCGCAUCCAGCAUAAGAUAUAUCGUGCCGACCGCCCCUUGUCUUCAUUAAGACCCAAAAUGAACCCUUUGUAUCUCGAGCUGGAAGAAUGGAAAGAAUCUGCCUUCCUACGAUUUAGCGGAGCUGAUCUUGAUUACCCCAUGUUACAUUACAACAGAGCAGUCCGGCUUUUGAUCCAGCCAUUUCUUCCACUUUUACCCAUAACUGACCCCUAUUAUCACAUCUGUCUACGCGCUGCCGGGGAUAUCUGCCAGUCUCACAAACGUCUUCACCAAACCUUAGAAUACGGUCAUUCAUUCUUAGCUGUGCAAACGGUUUUUAUGGCUGGAAUCACACUUCUCUAUGCAUUAUGGACCCAUACCGAACAAGUCUGGUCAGUAAGCAUGAGCAACGAUAUUCGUGCCUGCUCGACUGUUCUAUUUGUCAUGGGUGAAAGAGCAGCAUGGGUGAAAAAGUAUCGGGAUGCCUUUGAAUUACUUGUGAACGCUGCUAUGGAGAAAUUGCAAGGAAAUGAAACUGCCCGUAAUGCGGGAAUCGCCGAGUUGAUGACAGCCCAGCGUGGAGGAAUUUCUCUAGGGACCAGCAAUGCUUCUGACAUGCCCAGUGGAGAGAAGUUUCCAGCAGCGAACCCAACUGGCUUGGCCCCUGAAACUGCAGGCGGGGCUUACCCUCCUGACGAUACGGAUCAUGCUGUGCGCAUGGCAUUACAGCUCGCACCUUGGAUUGACCAGGAUCAGAGCGAUCCCUUGUGGAUGCCAGAUUUUGAGACAUUAGAGAAUUUGUCGGGGACAUUUUGGAGCCACGCUGACACUACUCUUUUUGAUGCUUUGUAG